GUUGCCAGAAGACGUCGUCAUUGGUUACAAUUUAACAUGAAGGGCAUGCAUCUUACGUUCCUCGGUGAAUGUCACCGUGAUCAUAACUAUUGUAUUUUGUCGACUUUUGGGCACCAAACUGAAAUUUAAGUCAUGGACUAGUACGUAGGAUACAAAAUGGGAGAGGAACGAGACGGUGGGUCCUUCUGGGACAUUGGCGAGCCGCGGAAAGUCUUGGAAAGAAUUGAGAAUGGACAAAGGUCAUGUGAUGAUUUAAUGGGUAUGAUUCAGGAACGGGCCGACGUGGAGUUGAGAUAUGCCAGGAGUCUGAGACAGUGGGCCGCCAAAUGGGACGACGCUCUGAGAAGGGGCCCAGAAUACGGGAGCGUGCAGACCGCUUGGCGUACGAUGUUGCAAGAGGCUUCGGCAGUGGCAAAGAUCCACGAGGACUGCCGAUUGAGGCUGACUGGGGAAGAGGGGCCGUACUUCAACGUGUACAAAUGGAAGAAUGACCAUUUUCACUGCCUCGGGACUGACGGGCUCAGUGAGACCCAACAAGCUAGACAGGCGUUCGCAGCUGCUCAGAGCGAAUACGCAAAACUUCUGUCAAAACUCCGCCGCGCCAAAAAGGCUUAUUACAACGCAAGCUUUGCGGCUUACAAAGCCCGGCGCUUCGCUGACGAGGAGGCCUCCAAUCCGACCGUCAGCCCUGAAGCAAGCUGGAAACUCCGGGAGAAGGCAGACAGGUUGGCACUGGAAAGAGAACGACUGAAGCAGGUGUAUCUCCGGAGGGUGAUGGUCUGCAAUGUAACAGCCAAAGAAAGAUACGUAGAGAGUAUGACGUCAGUAUUUAACCGAUGGCAAGGAUUCGAGAGAGAGCGACUGGAGUUCAUCCAAUCGCAGCUGCAGCUCUUUGCCAGGGACCUCAACACUCACUCCAGGACUGGGAUAAGCCAAGUGUACCAGCGUAUCCUCAGUCAGGUGCGACGGGCAGAGCCAGCUGCAGACGUGGAGGAAUGGGGGCGCAAAUACGGCACAGGAAGCAAAGCUAGCUGGCCCAAAUACGAGGAAAUGGAUCCCAGAGCCUAUCAGGCGGAUGUGGAGCACUACCCCCAUCGUCAUCACACUCGUCAGCAAGGCGCUGCGUUCGCUGUGACAGACGAAAUGACCGACGAGUUUACAACGGAUGACUUUGAUUCUGAAGUGGAUGCUUUCCGUCACCACGCCCAUCGAGAGGGCCACACUCAUCGAUAUUUCAACAGGCCCUACCGCUCCCAUCAACACGAGGUUCAGCACUUUUCAGGGCAGAGGCACCCCCCAGACCAGUGGGACCAGCCGGGUCAUCAGCAUCGACCUCCAGAGCUCCGCUACUCACAGAACGAGGAUCUCAGUGAGAGGUGGUUGAGCGAGCGCUGGCAGGGGCUUGGAGGGAGAGAUGGUGGCAGCAGGUGGGAUGAGACGGCGAAGGCAAGACACAGGGGACAUCACACGCAUCACUAUGACAAGAAUCAUGACAAAGUACUGAGCCAGUGGACUUCACAUGACCACCACAAUGACCGAAGAGAUCAUUAUCAGAAGGGUCAGAGGCCAAUUGAUAGGUUUCGUGAGCACAUGGAUCAUCAAGCAGACCCUAGCUAUCAGCAUCACCACACAGAGGAGAGGUCUAAGCAACAUGAUCUUGAUAGGCCAUCUGGUCAUCACCAUGAACGAGGCCCAUCAAUCAGCAUUUACGAUACAAUUGGCACGUCCGAGAGUCAGGAGGCUUACAUCCAAGACAACCACCCAUCAUCGACAGUGAAAGAGUGGGCUGGUGGUUACCAUGAAAACUGGAGUGAGGAAAGUUCAGUUGCUGGGCAAGAAACAUCUUCGCCAGAAGAUGCUUAUUUCGAAAAGCACAAGCUGGGUCAAUCACAGGCGAGCCAUCCAGGAUUGGCAUCUUCCCAUACAGAAACUCAGAUUCCAGGGCCCAAACCAGACCAGAUACACACUCAGACAGCUCAACAGAUGCCCAGGCAAGUCACAGCACAACAGACCUCUACCCACCAGCAAGAACUACAUUCACCGACAGCCACCCACACCCCACAGCAAGCUCCAGAGCAGGCCCCGACAGAGACCACAGCCCGGACCUAUAUCGAGAGGUGGAAUGGAGAAGCUGAGAGGGCAGCUGCGUUGGAACAAGCCAGACAGGCGUUGCAGCCGAAGGAGGGAGAGCGAUUGGUGAGGGUGCUCUAUGACUUCAAGCCUGCGACCAGGGACGAGAUGGCGCUGAAACAAAGUGAGUAUCUGGUACAGAUCGGCAACCACCUGAGCAACGGCUGGGCCUACGGUAGAAAGGCAGGUGCCAGGGGUCACUUCCCUGCCAGCUACGUCCAGUGAUGGCUGCUCAAAUCUACAGAAUCGGCACACAACUCUGUAUUAGCGAAGGAUGUAGUAUCGUGCACUUUGCCACGCGUUGAGGUUGUUCGACAGUGUAACAGGCAAAAAUUAGUCACAGCGUGGCCACAUUUUGUGGAUGGGGCAAAAGUACGACUGACACGGAUACAGCGGGUAGAUGGGAAUAAAGAAAAGGGGAUUGGGGGUUGGGUUUAUAGGGCGUAAGCUACACAGCGACAUAUUUCAACGACCCCUCCCCUAAAAGGCGUGCAUAGUGGAAGGUCUCAAUAUCUGUUUGGGCAGAGAAACAACUUUAUAGGGCCACGGAUGCAUAUUUCCAGGAAUUUUUUUUUACACGGGUCCUAGCACAGCACAUGAUCAGUGCAGCUUUUAGUGGCAAUGCAGCUAAGACCGAAGCAGAGUGGUAGCCUUAUUUCCAGAAGUUGUGAUUAGGAGUUUGGAUCACUUAAACCAUGAUCAGACAUACACCUGUUUCACCACAAGCAAGAACCCGCAAUUCUUCCAUCUUCUCGUCAAGAUUCUUACACAAUUUAUUGUACAUCACCUCAACGUGAAACUGACACUGAAGCGUCAUACAUUUUACCACUACAUUUUAACCUACCUGUAAAAUGCAAAAUUUGCGAUAAUAUUGAAAAAAGUACUUUGAAGAACAGAUAUCUACAAGCAAGCUUCCGAUCAGUGUUUUGGUAACAAAAUGUGACGACAAUGCCUUUGACAACUUCUUUGGAGUACGGCCUUGAAAGGGACCCAUUCAAUUGCUUGUUAAAUUUGUAUUUUUUGGUUACAGUGAAAUAAUAAAACACAGUAGACUGAA